AACCGAGCAUCACUUGGAGAGGGAGCCAUGGUGCGUAGCGCGUCAGCCCUUCACGCCAGUGUGAAUGUGGUCAAAUCCUACCCGACCUCUGAACUGCCAUACAAGGAUUGUGUCCCUUUGCCCGAGUCGCCGAGACAGGGAGUGGUGAUGUGUGUGUACCCGCCGGAGAAUGAUAUCUUCGUCUCCAAGUAUAUAAAGGCGGACCCCGAGUCCCAGUUCGUGGACCUUGGCGCCAACAUCGGGGCGUACACCCUGUUCGCCGCGGCCACCGGUCACUCUGUGCUGGCCGUGGACAUGCUGCCCGCCAACCUUCACCAGCUGCAGACCUCCCUGUCUCUGAGUGGACUCAGUGGUCACGUGACCCUGGUCAACAACGCCCUCUACAGCGACCACCGCCAGCUGCCCGCCCACUUUGUCAGCUCCAACGUCGGGGCCACCCACCUGAACGUGUCCAAGACAGACUUUGACCACUACGGCAUGGUGGUGGACCGCAACCACACGGUCAAGGUCAACACCAUCUGCAUCGACGACCUCACUCCGCUGCUCAAGGCCGGGACCAAAACCCUGGUCAAGAUGGACAUCGAGAGGACAGAAGCGAGAGCGCUGACGUGCGCGCACAACUUCUUCCAGAAGCUGGACAUCCGGGUGGUCCAGAUGGAGUGGGUGGCCAAGACCAGGGAGGAGAUGGUCAGUAUCAACGGCUUCAUGAGCGAGCACGGGUUCAAACCCUCGAAGCACGCGCUCAGGUAUGAGCCGGAGGACACGUGGCAGGCGACCACCCCGGGCAACAACGUGUUUUUUGUCAAAGUUUGAGCUUUGUUUUUUGCGGUUAAAAAAAAAUUAUUUGGGGUUUUUUUUCGCAAAUUUUUUUUUUUUUUUUUUGAUGGGGGAGUUUCGCGGCAGAGUGGACAGACAGGGAAAUCCUUCGCUUAAACUCAGGUACUCGUGAAAAAAAAACGCCUUACAAAAAAUCGCGUGAAAAGUGGAGGCGACUGAUGAGGCUCUCUUUCUUACAGUGCCCCCUACCGGAUCCUCGUGGAAUAUAGGAAAA